AUGAGCUCUUAUUUCGUAAAUCCGUUAUUCUCCAAGUACAAAAGCGGCGAUGCGUUGGAACCAACUUACUACGACUGCAGGUUUCCACAGAGCGUCACAAGGAGCCAUGCAAUGGUGUAUGGAACCGGGGCAGCUGCGCCGGGCUUUCAACACCCGCCCCAUCCUGUCCAAGACUUCUUUCACCACGGCACCACGGGACUCUCAACUACAGGCUACCAACAGAACCCUUGCGCCUUGGCGUGCCACGGUGAUGCCACUAAAUUUUAUGGCUACGAAGCAUUUCCGAGGCAAGCGCUUUAUGGAGCUCAGCAAGAGGCGCAAUACCCCGAUUGUAAAUCGUCUAAUGGCAUGAACCUCGGAGAAGGACAAGGCCACUUAAAUCAGAACCCGUCGCCUAGUCUCAUGUUUCCGUGGAUGAGACCCCAUGCACCAGGAAGGCGAAGCGGCAGGCAGACAUACAGCCGCUACCAGACGCUGGAGUUGGAGAAGGAGUUUCUGUUCAAUCCUUACCUCACUCGAAAGCGGCGCAUUGAAGUGUCCCACGCAUUGAGCUUGACGGAGCGGCAGGUGAAGAUCUGGUUCCAAAAUCGGCGGAUGAAGUGGAAAAAAGAAAACAACAAGGACAAAUUUCCGGGCCAAAGAGGUGAGACAGAGGCCGAGGCGGAUGGCGAAGGAGAGGUCGAGGAAGAAGGCAACGACGACGCUGAGGGUGAUGAAGGGGACAAGAAGGAGACAGCAGAUGAAGAUGCAGAGAAAAACUGA